AUUUGACAGAUGAAAUUCUACUAUUAUGGUGUAAAACACAUUUGAUAACACGUUGGAAAAUGAGUGGAAAUACGUUUACAAAAUACACUAAGUACACAGUGAAAGAGCUAGAAUCGUACGUAUCCGAUCCGAAUGCAUGUGUACAGAAAUUGGAACGUACGGACUACAUUUCAGUGCUCCCCAAACAUCUCGGCAAUAUAGCAGAAGGUGUGAGAACAUGCUUAUCGCAGAAAAUAGGAACCUACGACCGCCGCGUAGACGGAGUUAUUUUGGCCUUUAAAAACACCAAGGUGCUAAGUCCGCUAGCGGCAAUAAGACCAAAUAGCUCUCGGUUGCACGUCAAAAUUAGGGCAGACUUCUAUGUCUUCCGCCCGACGAACGGAUCGGUUAUCGGUGGAACCGUAAAAUAUGUAUCCAGCAACUUUCUCAGCGCCGUCAUUUAUCGUGUGUUUAAUGUUACGAUUAAGCUACCUUCACAGAAAAUUCAGAAUAUCAGUCGGGGAUCUGAUAUACGUUUCAUCAUCAAAUCGUUUGAUAUGAAGAGUGACCUUCCGUACAUCGAGGGACAAUUGAUAAUGAACACACAUGACAAAUUGUCCAAUGGUUCUAUUAAGAAAGAAAAGAUAUCGAAUGGAGAUACGCCACUUAACGGAUGUACGCCACAUGUAGCGCAAAUUAUAAAACCUGAUGUUAGCCAAAAUACAGCCAGUAUUUUGUUUAGCCCGGAAGUGAAAGUGAAACAGGAACCAAAAGAUGAUAGUGAGUCAAAGAACAUCAGUCAACCGAGCUUAGUCGAGGAAAUCCGGAAACCGAAAAAGAAAAAAAGGAAAAACAAAGAGGUCAAUGGUCUACUGUCAGACGACGAAAUCGACAGUUCAAUAAGUGCGAUAUUAAAGAAUUUCGAACAAGAUAUAAUAAGUUCAAAUGAAACAGAUGCAUCUGCUGAUGUAAAACCAAUUACAAAUUCAAGUGAACCGGAUCCACCUGCUUCCGCUCAACCACCCAAGAAGAAAAAGAAAAAGAAGGAAAAGGAAACGGAGAUGGACGAACUAGAAGCAGCAAUUCUACGAAAACUCGCCGCGGAACUUGGAGAAUCCUCUUCAGCCAACCCGAUCGACGAAAGUAAUGCAUCUGAUGCAAAGAAAGCAAAAAAACGAAAGAAAAAGAGCAAACCUAGCACAGAUUCAGGCGAAGACGAUGAUUUUGAAGCUUCGAUAAUGUCUUCAAUUUUGAAAUGCGCAGCAGAAGCGGAAGGAAAAUCCGACAGCCAGCCAACCCGCCAGAAAACGACCGACAAGGUUAAAAGGAAAUCUGUUCGGUUCGAUGACACUAUCAGAGAAGUCUCGUUCAACACCUUCGAUACCUCGGACCUAUUGGAUAUAUCGCAACUGGCGCCACCGACUCUUUCUUCGACUUUGAAUCACAGCAUAUAAGAGUGACGCUACUUUUACAAAUAAGUUUAUACAUUUUAUAAGGAGAAAUGUGAAUUGUGAAUUAUGAAUGAGAAGUCAUAAUUUUAAAAAGAUUUGCCUGUCACGUGUCUCAUGAAUGUAUCCGUUGAAAUAAAUAUUUUCUAAUCACGUUUCAAUUGCUUC